AUGUACGCCGUCGAGCAGGAAAGGGCCCAUCCGGUGCCGCCGCCACCUCCUCCUCUCUCAAUGGACCGCAUCUCUGGCCCGGCUGGCGCCUACCCUACCCCAGGCUCGGCACCACUAAGGACCGCCGAUCAUUUAGCUCCUGUAACGACGAUGCAUGAUGGCCGACUGUGGUCUUUGGAAGUCGUCCAACAACCUAUCCGAGCUCGCAUGUGUGGCUUUGGCGACAAGGAUCGAAGACCAAUUACUCCACCACCGUGUAUUCGGCUCAUCGUCCGAGAUGCGCAAACAAACAAAGAGAUCGAUAUCAAUGAAAUCGAUACUUCAUUUUACGUUCUCACCGUCGACCUAUGGAACGCCGACGGCAACAAUGAGGUCAACCUCGUGAAGCACUCUGCCACCUCCCCCUCAAUCUCAACCGCCAUGUCAUCCUCCUACCCACCUCCUCCUCAGCAGAGCAUGUCUUCCGCUUACCCAUCCUACACCCAAAACGCAUACGGCCAGCCCGUCGCAUACCCACCCGUCAACAACUAUUACGGCCAACAACAGAUGCAAUAUCAGAACGCGUACGGCCAGACAGUGGGUUAUCCCCAAUAUGGCUACCCACCCGGCGCCCAGAUUCCACCGACCAUGUCACCCGCACCUGUCGGGGGUGGUCCGGGAGGAAUGUUCACGCGCAAUUUGAUUGGAAGCUUGAGCGCCAGUGCUUUCCGACUGACGGAUCCCGAUAACAAGAUUGGCGUAUGGUUCAUUUUACAAGAUUUGAGCGUACGCACGGAGGGUACUUUUAGACUAAAAAUGAGCUUUGUCAACGUCGGAACUCAGUCUGCAGAGGCCAGUAAUGGGGCACCCGUGAUCAACCACGGCACUGCACCCGUUCUGGCAUCAGUCUUCAGUGAACCAUUCCAAGUAUUCUCCGCGAAGAAGUUCCCGGGUGUCAUUGAGAGCACGCAAUUGAGCAAAUGCUUCGCGCUGCAAGGAAUCAAGAUUCCCAUCCGAAAGGAUGGAGUGAAGGGACCUCGCGGCCGAGGUGGUGAUGGUGACGAUGAUGACGAGGGAUACGAUUAG